AUGGAUUCCAGUGUUUGCCCCUUUUCUUCCUUGCAGUUCUUCGUGGCAUGCCUGAGUCUUCUGCAACUCACACAGCUGAUGAUCUCUAGCUUAAUGAAGGCCUCCAUUUCGAGCAUCGAGAAGCGCUUCGGAUUCUCCCACCAGACGUCCGGAUUGGUGGGCUCCUUCAACGAGGUGGGGAACACGCUGCUGAUAAUCUUUGUGAGCUACUUCGGGAGCCGAGUCCACAGGCCCCGGGUGAUCGGCUGCGGGGCCAUGCUGGUCUCCGUCGCGGCCUUCAUCAUCGCCCUUCCUCAGUUCGUCCUGGGAAUCUACGAGUUCGAUCGCUCCGUUCCGGAAAAAUCCAACCUUACAGACGUCUGCCUCCCCGACCAGAAGACCAGGUCUAAGCCCCAGCAGUGCACUGUGCUAGGAGCAGAUGAAAGCCAGCUGGCUCUCUUCCUCCUGUUGCUCGGGCAGGGUCUGCUGGGCAUCGGCACCGUUCCCAUCCAGUCCUUCGGCAUCUCCUACAUCGACGAUUUCGCCAGCAGAAGGAACUCCCCCGUCUAUGUGGGAAUCAUCUACGCGGCAACCGCCAUUGGGCCUACGAUAGCGUUCCCCAUGAUGUCGUUCAUGUUACAAAUCUACGUUGACGCCAGCAAAGUCUCCAUAGUGGAAAUUCAGCUCACCACCAAAGAUCCCCGAUGGGUCGGCGCUUGGUGGCUGGGGUUCCUCUUUGCGUCUGCUCUGGCUGCCAUCUCAGCGAUACCUUAUUUCUUCUUCCCGAGAGAGCUGCCAAAAGAGAAAGAAGAUCCACUGAAGGUGAUUCAAGAACUAUGCGAGAGGGACCUGGUGGAUGAGCCUAGAGUGAAACUGGAAGAUCUCACUCUGCGGAACUUCAUCAAAAUGUUCCCGAAGGUCCUCACCAGGAAUUUCAAGAACCCCUUUCUCAUCAUGGCGAUGUUGACCAUCAUCAAUUACGUCGCCAUGGUUAUCAUCCUAGCCAACUUCCUGGCCAAAUUCUUGGAGGCUCAGUUUACUCUCGUGGCAUCGGACGCCAUAAUCAUCGCAGGUUCCAGCUUCCUCCCCAUGGUCACCCUGGGAAUCCUGCUUGGUGGCGUCAUCAUAAAGAAGUUCCAGUUGACCUUGCAGCAGAGUAGCCUCCUGUGCAUCGGCAGCAUGAGCCUUUGCCUCUUCUUCAGCUUCCCCCUCCUCUUCCUGGGCUGCUCAACCCACCCGGUGGCUGGCCUCGACUCUUCCAGAAGCGGUGGGCCGAUGAUCUUCGUCUUCGACUGCAACCGGAGAUGCAGCUGCUCUUCCAGCGCCUUCAACCCUGUCUGUGGCCAGAAUAAGAUUGAAUACAUCUCCCCUUGUUACGCUGGCUGCUCGGAUCUACAGUAUGAAGAGGGAACUAGGGUAGUCUCGAAUUACACCAAAUGUAGCUGCAUCGUUGUCAAAGCGGCCCUGGGGUCUGCCGUCCCGGGGAACUGCAGCAGAGAUUGUUCCACGCACCUGAUGCCUUUUCUGUUGUUCUGCUGCCUGGCUGGAUUCUUGGCGAGCCUCGCCUUCACGCCGACCUUCAUGUGCAUCCUCAGGAAUGUUAAGGCCGAAGACAAGUCUUUUGCCAUCGGGAUCCAGUACCUCUUCCUAAGACUUUGGGCCUUUGUGCCGACCCCGGUGCUCUACGGCAUCAUCGUCAACGCCACCUGCCUCUUGUGGGAGCGGAAAUGCCAGAGGAAAAUAGCCUGCAGGUACUACGACAACACCGCUUUCCGGUACAGCUUCAUCGGCAUUCAACUCGGGUAUCAAGUCUGCUCUUUUCUCUGCUUGGUGGUCAUCUACUACCUGUACCAGAAGGAGAACAAGUCCCAGGAAGAGCCGAUGGAAGAAAUCUACCUGGACGAAGUACCAGAGCAAAGGCCAGAAGCGCCGCAAGCGCAAGAAGAAACAGAAACGAGAGAAGCAACCGGCUGA